AUGGAACCCAAAUUACAAACGUUACCGCAGUACUACAAGAGGGAAACCUCGCCAAUGAUUCAACAUUCUGCAUUUCCACCGUUUAAAAUCGAGCACAGAUACAGGGGAGUUUAUGAGAGGGCAGGAUUCGAUGUUAAUUUGAAGGGCGAUUCUCCCACAUCAGAUGUGAGGUCCACCAGGUCUCCCACGAUGCAGAGAUUUCAACAUUCUUCGAAUGGGAUGAAUUCUCCUAAUUCUAGUGCAAAUUCUAUUGGUGGUUCGAUGAAAAUCGACUCUGCGAUGCCUAGCUCAGCGAAAACUUCCAAAUCGUUUGGCGAGCUUCAAAAAAAUACGCCAUAUCCUGUUUAUGAGAAUAGAGCCCAUUCGGAAUCCCAACCAAACACUAGCCAACUUCCAGCCAUAUCGUCUGCACCUUCUAAUUUGUCUUACGAUCAGUCACAAUCUGCUAACUCAGUGAAACCUGAAUUACCAGUGGUGCAGAUUCAACAGUGUGGCACCCCAGACAAUACCGAAUUACCUCCGCCUAGUAAUAGUGGAUUUACGUUUAUACCCUCGACAACGCAGAAUAAGAACUUGAAAAAUCUAUCGCUUAAUUUGAAUGAGCCUCAAUCUAAUGCUAGUGAUAAUUCUGAGAUGAGUGAAAACGACGACGAUUCAAUUCCAAAUGAGUCGUAUGACACUUCGAGUGAAACAUCUGUUAAUAAUCCUUAUAUACAGAAAAAUGAUACCGGAUCAAAACGCUCAAGCCAGUCAAGUAUACGCACGGCUGAAUUAUCUUCUUCGCAGAUUCAACCCGUUCAUGGAUUACCGUCGCCACCUCCAACUUCGAGAAGUUGUGAAUUACAACCUGAUAACUCCUUGAUUAAGAAGCAGCGAUUGUCAUCUGCCUUAAAUGAAUUCAGGAAAGACAUUGAAGAUCACAAAAAUUAUGUUCCUAAAACUCCAUCAGUACCAAAUACCCCAACAUUUGAUGAAGCGCCUCAAUUGCCAACCUCAUUUCCACCAAACGUGAGAGUAAACCAAACUGACUCUUACCAAAAUCCAGAUACCAGGUUUUCAUAUAAUCAGAAUUAUGUGAAUAGUGCUAAUGGUGAUUCAUCGAACAAGAAUGCAUUUGUAGACCAAAGUGUUGACCCAUCUAAUCAAUUUCAAAAUUUCAGAGAUCAACAGUUAGCUCUGGUUACUCAAUUGAAUGACGAAUAUCAAAAUUUCUUGCAGUCAGGCGACAAAAGUCAGCCUAGAGCUAGUCAAGUAUCUAUGGUUAGCUCAAUUUUAUCUAGGGACUCAGAAGAUGAUGCUGCAGACGAAGCAAUGGAACGCCAGUUACAUGCUUUGAAAAUGGGUGAAAAUAAUAAUGGCAAUUCAGUAAAUGAAACUGGUAGUACCGCUCAUAUUAAUGGCGAAAACUUACAGGAUAUUGAUUCAAAUGCUAAUAUAGAUAAUGAUUCUUCAUCUUGGGGUAGUUCUAUUCCAAAAUCAACACCUAAUGUGAUUCCAGCACCUAUUCCUUCAAUUAAGAUUCAAAACAUUGAUGAUGAUGAUUCCCCAAUAAGUGCAAAUCAUUCUUUUGAUAAUCAAGAUUCACAAGACCGUGCAAACGCAACAUGGGAGUCAAUAAAACCAUUAUCAGUCAAUAACUCCGAAAGACAGCCAUUGAGUGAUACUUCUAAUGAUAGAGCGAUCGAAAGACAAAUUAAUGUUGAUGAAUCUAGUGAGGGAAUUGAAGUUAAGCCUUUAUCGCCUAAAAAUCACCUCGUGGAAGAAGAGUUGAGAAAUAUGAAUUUUCCAGUACAGCAAGUACAAGGCUCUGUGGCUGGUAACAAAGAAGAAAUCUCCGAUGACUUCUUUAAAUAUCCAUCUGGUAAAGGUCCAUGCCGUGCUUGUAAGAAGGAAAUAUCUCCGUAUAGUAGGGGAUCAGAAAGGGCAGUUUUUUCUAAGACUGGAGAAUUAUCUGGUCAAUGGCAUAGAUCGUGCUUCACAUGCGCCUAUUCUGGAUGUACAGUCCAAUUCAGUAAAUCGAUACAAUGUUAUGUUUAUGAUGAUAAUGCAUUUUGCCAUAAUCAUUAUCAUGAAUUGAACGACACUUUAUGUCAACGUUGUUUGAAAGGUAUUGAAGGAGAAUGUGUCGAGAAUGAAUUACAUCAAAAGUGGCAUUUACAUUGUUUAACUUGCCAUCAAUGCAAAUGCCAAAUAAACAAAGAUUACUAUUUAAUUAAUGGUGCAAGCUAUUGUGAAGAAGAUGCUGUGAAAAUUAUUAAGGAAGGUGGCUCAUACGAAGAUAUGAGCGGUAACGUGAAGACAGGUGGAUUAACUACCUCGGAUAAGGUAGAGAAAAGGAGAACACGGAUUAUGUAUGUAGAAUAA